AUGAGACGCGCCUUGGGUGCUAAGAACAAAUUUGAGUUUAUUGAUGGGAGUAUACCCAUUCCUGGUAGCUUUGACCCAAGUUAUAAAACUUGGAGUCGUUGCAACAUGAUCGUACAUUCAUGGAUUGUGAACUCAGUAUCAGAAUCAAUCGACCAGAGCAUAGUGUUUUUGGAAAAUGUUGUUGAUGUUUGGAAUGAUUUGAAGGAGAGAUUCUCUCAAGGAGACCUUAUCAGGAUUUCUGAAAUUCAACAAGAGAUAUACGGCCUCCGGCAAGGUUCCCUCUUUGUUACUGAAUUCUAUUCUGAGUUAAAAAUACUUUGGGAAGAACUUGAAACCUACAUGCCUAUUCCAUGUUGUUCCUGUCCUGUUAAAUGCACCUGUGCUGCAAUGAGAAAUGCCAAACAUUUUCAUUCUCUUAAUUAUGCUAAAAGAUUUUUGACUGGUUUGAAUGAGAAUUUUUUAGUAGUGAAAUCUCAGAUCCUACUAAUGGAUCCAUUACCUAGCCUGAACAAAAUUUUUUCUAUGGUUAUUCAACAUGAAAGACAAGGGAAAUUUGUAGUUGAAGAUGACUCUAAGGCUCUUAUAAAUGUUGUUGAUUAUAAGAGGCCACAAGGAAGAGGGAGAGGUUCUACAAAAAACUCGGGAUCAAGGAGAAUUUGUACCUAUUGUGGAAGAAAUGGUCACACAGUGGGGACUUGCUACAUGAAGCAUGGAUUACCUCCUCACCUUCAAAAAGGAAAUGCCUCAAUAACAAACAAUGCUUGCAAUGAUGCUGCAUAUUCGAAUGGAGAUUUCUCAACUAAUAGAGAAAUGCAUACUGCUCCUCCCAGUUUCACUCAUGAACAAUAUGAAAAACUGCUUAAUCUGAUUCAAGGUUCUGGUAUUAAUCAACAUUCUGCUACCAUAGCUAACCAAGCUAGCACAGUCACUCAAGUUGGUCAUUCACCAGCUGAAAAUCACAAAUCAGGUAAAAUCUACAUCUCUUCCUCUUUUAAUAGUUUCUCCCUUGCCUCUUGGAUCAUAGAUUCAGGUGCUAGUGAUUAUAUAUGUGCUUCAUUAAAGAGUUUUCAGACCUUUAAUGAGAUAAAACCAAUUAGCAUAAGAUUUCCUAAUUAUCAGUUUUCAGUUUCAAAACAUGCUGGUACAGUCACCUUUUCCCCUGGCUUCUUCAUUACAAAUUACCAGAAAUCUCAGAGGAUGAUUGGUUUUGCUGAAAGGUUUGAAGGGCUAUAUCACUUAGUUUUUUAUGCCAAGCAUGCCUCUUGUUCCAAUGUUCAAGCAACUGAUACACAGAUUCUACCAGAAGAUGCCUUAUGGCAUUUUAGGCUAGGACACUUGUCAAUUUCUAGAAUGAUUUCUAUGAAUUCAGAAUUUCCUUUUAUUGUUGUGGAUCCAAAGCAGUUUGUGAUGUAUGCCAUUAUGCUAGACACAAGAAAUUACCAUAUAAUGCUAGUUUAA